UUUUGGAAGAUUGUUUGGUAAAUUGCGCAUUUUGUGAUAUAUCGCAGUGAAAUUUGAAUGUGAAGUUGACUUACACUUAAGAAUAUUGCGGUGUGUUCUUUAAAAAGUUUUGUGGCGUCAGUGUUUCCCGCAUGGAGACGUGCUAGCUAGAAAAAAGAGUCAUUGCUUUGGUGUCACUUGAACUCGUAACGCAUUAAGUUCCUGACGGAUUGAUCCGUAGUGUUUGUGUAAAUGGCAGCAAACGACCCAUUUCAGUUUCAAGAAUUCGAAGAGAGCAGUCUGCAAGCAGCUGACAAAGAUUCAACCACAAUCAGCAUCGAAGGCGAUUUAAUCAAUUUGGAGACGUUGAGAAAUACUCCUGACCUCACUUCUGAUGGCGGCGACAACGACCUCCUUGCCAGUGAUGACAAAGCUGAGCUUCUCUCCGGGCAAAAGAAAAGUGCCCCUUUCUGGACGUUUGAGUACUACCAAAUGUUUUUCAAUGUGGACACACGUCAUGUAAAAGAAAGAAUUAUUGGAUCCGUGCUGCCAUGGCCUGGAAGGAACUUCAUUCAUAUCUACCUUCGUCGAAAUCCGGAUCUCUACGGGCCGUUCUGGAUCUGCACCACACUUGUAUUUGCCAUCGCUAUCAGUGGAAACCUGUCCACCUUCCUGGUUAAUUUAGGCAAACCAGACUAUACGUACACACCUGAGUUUGGAAAAGUGACCAUAGCAGCUACGGCCAUUUUCAUCUACGCUUGGCUGGUGCCACUUGCCGUUUGGGGUUUCUUGCUCUGGAGAAACAACAAGAUAAUGAACUUGGUGUCGUAUUCCUUCAUGGAGAUUGUCUGCGUAUACGGAUACUCCCUUUCCAUUUACAUUCCUGCCGUGGUUCUGUGGAUAUUCCCGUUUGAGUGGCUGAGAUGGCUCUCCAUCUUGCUGGCGCUCCUCCUUUCCGGUUCUGUCCUGGUCUUCACCUUCUGGCCCGUGGUGCGUGAUGACCACCCCAAGAUGAUCACGGCCGUCAUGUCGGCCAUUGUGGUGCUCAACGUCCUGCUCGCCGUCGGAUGCAAGGCUUAUUUCUUCAGCAAACCAGAGCCGGUGUUAAAACCCACCAUGGUAGCAGCAGUCAUCCAUGCAAAUGCCACAACAUGAGAAGCAGCCAUUGUUUAAAGGUUCUCCUGUUGCUUUGUCAGAGAGAAUUGGGUUGCUGUGGUGAUGAAGUCAUGGGCCGUCUGGAUUUCACCUGCACUCGCACCUGCUGGCCCAAGACCUCAAAUCCCGCCAUUAAUGCUUGGUUUCAUGGCUGACAAUGAACACUUGUACAAGUCCUCUUAUUUUUACUGGGGUGGGUCCUGAACUUCCACAAAAAACACUCGUGUGAUGUUGCAGCUGAAACCUAACCAAUUGUUGGUGUUUGGAGGCAUCUAUUUAUUUAAUAUUAGGGGUAUUGGGUUUGGACAGGAUACCACAGAAUUUUGUGUACUGAUGGAUGUAUUUAAUUGUCUUUAAUAUAGUUAUUCAACACUGUCAACAAAUACCAAAAGUACAAAGGAGUAUUAGUGCCACAAAAUAUAUCACAAAUAAAGUCUGAACUUUAUAAGGAAAAAAUACUUGUAUAAGAAUAAAGUUAAACAAACUUAAAUUUGAAAUUUGACAUUUCUGUGGGAAUUUCUUAGAACAUUCCAGCUGUAGUCUUUUAAUUUCAUGACUUUAUAGUAGUACCUCGCUACAUUGCGGUUCCAACAUCGCUCUAUUACAUUUUUUUCAAUAAUUAAUUACCUGGUAAUUGCUUAUUGCUGUUUCUUGGUUGGCUAUUGCUUAUUAUUAGUCAAAAAAUAUUGAAAGACAAGUCAUAUGUAGUAUUCUGGUCACUAGGCGUCAGUAAUGUUACAUUGAUGAGACAUUUCCUAAAAUUUCACACUGCACGUAGUCAACCAAUUGACCGCGAUAAACAAGUGACUACAGUAUUGUCAUAAAAUUACAAACUUCUCUUUGUCAUUUUCGGACUGCUACUAUUUUUUUCCGGUGUGGCCCUGAUGUUCCUUUGUACAAAAGAGCAUCCUAAAUGCAUCUUUUAUUUAAUUAAUUUUUGCUGACUGACAAACUAACAUGGAUCAAAUUCAUGAAUAGAAAAUUCCAUCUAACUUACAAAAAGUUGUUGUGGAUGCUUUUAAAAAUCAACAAUCAUCAAGCACAGAAAAUAUUUCAUUUACACAUUUUUCAGUAGAUUCAUCGUUAUGGAUUAUGCUUAAAGCAAAUAAAGACUAUUGUAACUCGAAUAAACCAACUUUAAAAUCCCACACUUGCAGUCAGCUGCUUUUUUUAAUCAGCAGCUGACUGCGUCAACACCUGCCAGCACAUUUCAACACUUUGACAUUUUUAAAUAUUUAAGCAGCAAGCACUUGUAAUUAAUAGCUCCCAACUAUAAAAGUCACAUUUGGCAACUCAUCCAUCUUAAGAUGGCACGCUGCCAGAGGGGGUGUGAUGCGUCAUUGUUUGCAUCUUCCUGUAGCUCACCCAACAGGAACCCUACCUGCUGAUGCUUAUAUGGGAUAUUUUUGUGAAUUAGAGUUUAGAUUCAUUAACAAAAUAGGAACAAGAAAUUGUGUCACUUGAAACGGUGUUAGAGAGAUGCUGGCGCCCUAAUUAAUGGUCAUUCUAGCCCUCAGCUUUGAGUUACAUGGAUAGAAAACCCUGUGGGAGGAAUGUCACCUGCCUCAGUAUCAGGCUCGCCGUUGGGGAUUUCACCGCACAAUGCCCAAAGAUCUACUCUAACAGGACCAAAAAUGACUUUGUGAGAUCACAUUUGUUGCUGUGCUUUGAGUC